AUCACUUCCACCUUAGCUUGGGGAGUCUGGUCCGCGGCGAUGCCUUGGGUCUUCCUGACGGGUUUUUACUUCCGUAGGUCGACGUUAUAGCUGUCGCUGGCCGGGUUCCGAAGUGUGCCCCAGGAUCCUGGAGUCAGGUGCUGUUAUUCAGCCUCCUGUCUCCGUUCCCGAGGUGCCACUCUUUCUCCGGCCGUUCCCCUAUCCGCCACCUGGGGACGCGCUCAGGUGGUGACUCAGACCGUCCCCUUCGUCUCGUUUAUAGAGCACGUCGGGGGCUGAGUGUAUUCCAUAUAAUUCAUAGCAAUGCCUGUAAUUGAUCGUACAAGCGAUUCCUUAUAUUCCUUGAGAGGAAAUGUCUCCAAGAAAUCCAGCCACUGAUUAAUCCAUGCAGCCUUGUUUUUCAAUGUAAUGAUGCUUUGCCCCAUCGUCAUUAUGGGAGUCUGAUUUGCAUCAUCAUUGCCAACAAAGGUCACGCAGGGAUUUUCAAAACUACAUUGUGGUACAUUUUGGUUGAUCUUUGGGGGAAACUUCUCAGGGUCAAAGUAGUCGGUUACGGCAUCCAAAUCGUUGAAAAAAAGGUUCCAUUCUUCUCGUGUCAUUGACAAUAUGGCGCGUUUUUGGCGUACGCCCAUAAAUUGCACAACCGGGACGAAUUGACCGAAACACGUAACUUUUAAGCCGACACGAAUUUGUUUUGUCUCUGAUCUAUUCAAAGAUAUAACUUGAGACAAUACCACAUGCUGUUCAGCAUCACUGAAUCCCUUUUGUUUGGUACUUUCCAUGUUGAAAAAAUGAAUGGAUGAAAUCGGGACGACUGAAUAAAAUCCACCGCGAGCACCCGCGAUUUAUAGCGCAACGUAUGAGAGUGGAGGGGACAGAAUCCCCACUAAGCACAUGAUUGACCUAUAACCGUCAAACAUUAUCCCCCACCGCAGGGAGUUUUGCGGCGGCGGCGUCACACAUGCGACCCACUUUCGCGGUUUUUGUAUGUUGCGCGGUACCCCCACUCUUACCAUGCAGCCUUCCUAUACCGAUUUUGUUUGUUGAAUCGAGUGACGCGUUUGUUGUCAUUCGUUAAAAGGCAUUGCAAUAGUCAAAAUGUCUAAACACUUUGAAAGUUAUGCUUUAGAGUCCCUUAAAAAAUAUCUCGCCGAUCGCAAGUCGUAUAAGGGACGACAAAAGCCUCAAUUUCGUCAGAAAAGAGUACGCGUAUGUGUUGAUAAAUAUACAGGUGAUGCUUACCCAGACAGUGAAGAUAGUGAUGACAUGUUCAUUCCAGCAAAAGCACGGAAAAUCGCGAUAGGGUCAGGAUUGGAAUGUGAAGUGAAAGAUUUCCUUGUUGAUCCUUCUUGCGUAUGUAAAUAUAAAUUCCUUGGUGAGACAUGGAAUAAAAUCCAUAUCAGAUAUCGCAGGGAUAAAUUACACUCUCAAGAUGAGAGCAUAGACAUGUGUACGACAUUUAAAGUAUGUUACAAUGAAGAACCUGCAGAAUCUAAUAGAGAAAUCGAAUCAAAUUUUCAAAUGUGAUAUAAUCCUCCAUCACUGCGAAGCAUUGCAAUCGCGAAUUUAUUAAAUGAAAGGAAAUAUGCGAAAAAUGCAAAAACUUUGGCUGUGGUUACUAAAGCAAGUGUGCACAAUAGUGAUGUUUUAUUAUAUAAAAUGUCGAAGUCAAAUGGUUUUUUCGACUGCAUAGAACACACAAGAUUAUGCAAAGCAGACGUGGGGGAAAAACUCUAUUGGUACCACUUUUUUAGGAUGUGUGAGGAAGAAUAUUAUCUCCAUGCGGGGGAGGAGACAUUGGUCUACAAGAAGGGAAAUGGACCAAUCAUUGACCUUUCCUUUCAAUAGCCAACAAAUGCAAAACAAGUGGGGGGGCGAAAAAAAGGAAAACUCGAGAAUCCUUCCUCAUCAGGUAUUCAAAGCACCCCCCACCAAGGUCGAAUUUUCAAAAAAUUGUGGAAAACUUAGCCCCUCCUCUAAACUAGGGAUGCAUCAAGGAGCCCAGUGAGAUCAUUUCACUGCAUUUGCGUUUUUUACGUGAAAAUUACAUCAAGUAAAGUGGACUCAUCUCCAAAACCUAGUUAUUAAUCAGGUUAUCAGUCUGGAACUUUUAAAACUAAAAAAUUUAAAUAUUGUGGAAACAACGCGAAUAAAAAUGGAAUUAAGAUAAUUAGUGAUCGUGUAGUGAAAUAUAACAGUGAUGAGAAAAAAUCAAUUGAAAAAAUAGUCAAAAAAGUGAAACUCCAACGACAUGAGAUUUCCAAGACAGGUCCUGUCAUAAAUAUUGACUCUGAUCUUCAAACGGUUGAAAAGAAGAAGAAAAACUCAACCAGACGAUUGGGCCAUAAAUCACCCGGUAGCACUCAAAGUGACUCUAAAAUACUGAAAGUCAAUAAUAAAAAAACAAGUGAAAUCGUGCAAGUGAGCACAGAGGAAAAAAAUUGUGGAUUAAUAUGCUAGAACAAGAUCUUGAUGUGUUCAAUCAAUUGAACUAUAUUGAUAAGAAAAAGGAUCUGAAAAAAUUACAGGCUCGCGAAAAACGUUUAAAACUCGCGGAAAAAAAGAAGGCCGACUUUAUCGCUCGCGAAAAACGUCGCGAACUAGCUAACGAAAAACAAAGACAAUUUAGAGCUCGCGAAUCAGAAAAAAAUCGAUCCAAGGACCACACAUCGAAGGAUAUUAUCCCUGAGAUCAUGAUGGAAUUGGAUUCAUCGAUCGAGAUUAUUCCCAGCACUCCAUCAGUUAUCAAUUUAAUCCUGGAACGCGAGGGUGAAGAUGCUCAGCAUGGCCCAUUGAAUUUCGCGGCCUCAACCCCUACAAAACCGCGAAAAACUAUCGAGGAAAUCGAGGCCGUUCUAGUCGCGUUGGGCGCGAAUCUAGAACAAAGGAAUCGCGAGGGCGAUUACGAAGCGCGAUGCACUCCAACGCAGCGUCAAAAAGAGCUUGAUCAAAUUGCGAUGCAAUUGGAUCAAAGCGAUGAUGAUGAUGAUGAAGGAUUGGCCCUCCAGAGUCUUGAUUUUACCCCAUUAUCAUCCAGUAACCGUUCGGCUUAAAAAUUUAUUAAACAUUUUUGUAUUUUUUUGGAUAGCUGAAAUAAAGGUCAUAAAUUUUAUUGCAUUAACGGUGAGUCUUGACUUUUUUUUCUAUUGCUAGGCAAGACCCAAUAUUCCCUCUCCUGUCCCCAGCCCUUUUCUUCUCGUAGAAGCUAGGAGAAAUUUCUCUCGCCGGCGUGCUGUAUCCUUUCGUUUAUUGUCUCUUUCUUUCUCGUUGUUUAGAGGGUUUAGAGAACAAUUUUGACUUUUUCCUCGUCUUUCCUACAUAUAUCCUUACCCUUAUCUCCCUCUAACUUACGGGUUAGAGGGUUGAGGGCGAAUAUUGGGGCAUAAGUUAUACAAACCGUGAGGUUCCAUCACUCGCCCUCUUUCACCAUCGUCAUCCGGAGGACUCCAGUGUUCUUCAAGUUUUAGUGUUUUUUGUCUUUUUCGUUUUUUAUUAAAAAUUAAAAAUGGUGAAAGGGACAUGUGCAGGAGCGUGCCAGCAGCACUUUGGUUUGGUGGUAAGUUUUUUUUCCUUAUUUUUUGCAUGUUUUUCGUGGUGUUUCGCGGUUUUUGGUGGGGCGUUUUCUCGCGGUUUUUUUAAUUUUCAGUUUUCGCGUUCAUUUCGGUUUUUUGGUUCAUUUUGGUGUUUUUUUUGUGGGAUUUUUUUUUUAUAUUUUUCAAUAUAUUCUCGUUGCGGGGUGUACGUUUCGCGUUUUUUCAAAUUCGCGUAUUUCUUUUGUUGUGUUUGAAACGUAGACAUUUUAGCGCCCAAAUAGCAAUGGAGGCCCCCGGUCAGGCCAAAAGGUCGACAGCGACACCUCGGGUCACUAGGCCCCGAGCUGACCCCGGAAGUACCGAAACUCGCCCAGUUCAUCGUAGAUCCUCAGCGAGCGCGGUAACGUUUAUCAACCCCAGAAAAUCUCCCUUUGUAGUCAAGUACAUCACCGAGUACACCGACGAGUACAUCUCCGUUAGAUAUAAACGGCAUUAUUAGCCCAGUUUAUAAAGUUAAUCAACAGUGUUAUUAAUUUGUGAUUUAAACCUAUCGAACUAUAAAUUGUACAUCACCGGGUUAUUGUGUAAAUCAGUGUAAAGAAAACGACUUUGGUGGCACGUGGCCCCAAUAAACUUUUAUAUAAACCCUCAAUUUUUAAUAGACUGUUUUCCACCCUAUUCAUCUUCCAUCCAGUGAAUCAUUUCAUACAAAUUCCUCCCACAUCCACCCUAAAGUCAGUAAAUCCCCAAACAUUGGUCCUUCGAGCCGGAUCGUGGGUGUGAAAUUUGAGUGAAGUGCGCGUGUGAAAAUUCGGACGCCGUGGGAUUCCAGAAUAUUCGAGGUUCACACGAGUGUCAGCAAGGAUUCCAACGCAGGACAAUCAACGAGGGAUUAACCAUCGAGAUACUUUGUUUACCUUACAACAAAGGACAAGGUCAGUCGAAUCAACACAAAAUUCUUCAAGUGUUCGGACUUAGUCGGUAG